AGUUGCCGUUUAUCCCGUGCAGAGGAAGGCUGUGUGCUGCUCCCUCUCUCCCUCUCCCUCUCUCUCCCUCCCGGUGUGUCAGUCCCGCCGCUGUGGUGUGGCGCGACUGUCUGUGGCUGUGGUGUAGAGGGUGUAGCUGUGUGUACCUGUGUGUUGCUGUGACGGCCCCUGCCCAGGUGUGCUUACGUCAUGCUUGAAGGCUGGUGGACGGCGUUGGUGUUGGUGGGCGUGUGGGCGGCGGGAGCAGGUGGAGAUAUGGCACGCAGGAUGGAGAGUUCCACCUCCUCCACGCUGCAGUGGAUGGACGUCGAGACGGGCCAGCCUCUCCCUGCCGGGGCGCUGCCAGCGGGCGAGGACCUCGGGGCGUGGUGCCGCUUCUCCGACCACGGGGUUGUGGCGGGCGUGGUGCAGGACGGCGUGUGCCACGCGCCCUUCCUCAACAGCGUGGUCACCGCGGAGAAGUACGAGGUGCUGGUGUCCAUCAACGACUCAGCGCGCCUGAUAGAGCUAGAGUGGUCCCGGGCCGCGGCGCUCAGCCCGGGCGGCAUCGAGGUGUCCAAGAAGCGCGUGCUGGGCCUGGCGCGCUCCCCUGACGGCGUGGUUCUGCCUGGCUUCAUAGAUGUGAAUUCUCGCCGUGCGUACAUGCUGCACGAUGGCCAGGUGGAGCGGUAUGACGACGCGGUGAUCCUGGCCGAGGACGAGCCCGUGCAGUACGAGUUGGACGGUGUGGUGUGGGACGAGGCGCGCGCCGUGACUAAGGCAGAGGACGAGGUGCUGCUCAACUUUACACUGAAGAAUGACGGGACGGAGGCCAAGCAGGUGUCCAGGGAGGAGGAGUAUACGAUGACCGAAAUGCUGUACUGGGGCAAUGUGCGGGGCACCGUCAAAGGCCUCGCGUCCAAGGUCACGGGACCUGGGGGACAGGUGUGGGACAUGGUUACCUGGGGCGUCAACAACGACUACAGGCGGAUGGUGCCGCAAACAGUGUCGCUGGAGGUGCCUGCUGGCGCCGCCGUGGACGUGGAGCUGGUGGGUGUGAUACACAAGUACGACUCCCCGUACACGGCGCAGCUGACGGCGGUGUACGAGGACGGCACGAGGCGCUCCCGCCCCGUGUCCUCCCUGCACCAGCACGAGUACUUGGCUGAACUGCGCGCUGACUUCAGCCGCCCGCGAAACCUUACCGGUGGUAAGGAGCUUGAGGGCGAUUUCCCGACCUCCGAGGUACUGAUUGCUUCCACCACCACAACCACUACAACCACCACCACUCCCAGCCCUCCAGGCACAGUCUCCGAUACCGAGCAAGCAGGCUCCGCUACCACACAGGAAAGCAGCAACUCCACGGCACCCGUGGUCCUGCCGCCCCCCCUACUGGCCUGCUGCCUGGCCUGGCUGGUGCGCCUCGCCCACCCCUAGACGCCUACUUUCCCGGGCGGCGAAGAGAGCGUCUGGCAGCAGCCGUGAGAGGAGCGGGGUGAGCGGCGGGUCAGUAUGUCGCCGAGAGACAUUCACCAUCACGGGAAAGAGACGCCUCAGGGCAGCCGCGGCCCGCCGAGCCUGUCUCAUUCCUCAGGAUGGUGAGUGUGGCGGCGGUGGGCGGGAGGGCGUGAGAGGAAGCUACGCCGCCCCUCCCUCACCCUUCCCCGCCAGGACACAGUAUUCGUGGUGCAACAUGUACAUACCAAGGCUUGGGAUACACACGGACUGCAUGUAUAUCACUCCCUCGACACGCCUCCGUGUAUCAGGGUGA